UGCCAACUACCAUUUGCGUCGAAUCAAUGACUACCAACAGCUUAACUUCGGUUGUUCUGGCCCUGCCAUGGCUUCUCGCCGCCAUAGCCUUGCUCGCCAAAAUACACCAAACACGAAAACGGAAAACUCCCCCAGGUCCACGGCCAUGGCCGAUCAUUGGCAAUUUGCACCUCCUCAGCUCCCUCCCACACCAAUCCUUACACUCACUCUCCCAAAAGUACGGAGACUUGAUGCUCCUCAAGUUCGGCUCCACCCCUGUUCUGGUUGCCUCAUCUCCCGAAACAGCCGAGCUUUUCCUGAAAACCCACGACGCCGCCUUCGCCUCUCGGCCCGCCACGGCGGCGGCCGCGCACACCUUUAACGGCUCCGACCUGACCUGGUCUCCUUACGGGCCGUGGUUGCGCCAGGGGCGGAAGAUUCUCCUCUCCGAAUUGUUCACGCCUCGGAAGCUCGACUCGCUCGAGUACAUCCGCGUUGAGGAAGGGGCGGCUCUUAUUUCCGGCCUUAAUGCGGCGGCGGCGACGCCGGUGUUGCUUAGAGACCAUUUGGUGAGCCUGACCUUGUCCAUUUCCAUGAGGGUAGUUUCAGAUAACAAACUGCACGGCGUCAAAGAUGGCGGCGGCGACGAAACGUCAAAGACGACGGCGCUGAUGAAGAAAGUGAGUGGGCUUCUUGAUGAGUGGUUUCUGCUGAGUGGGGUGAUCAAUGUUGGGGAUUGGGUGCCGUGGCUGAGCCGCUUUGACCUGCAGGGGUAUGUGAAGAGAAUGAGAGCGCUCAGCCAUGAGUACGAGCAGUUUCUGGACUCUGUGAUUGAAGAGCACGGGGCGGGGGCGGCGACGAAAGGCGGCGUUGACCGGAAGAAGCGGGAUUUGGUGGAUGCAUUUUUAGAGCUAGCUGAUGCUCCGAAUCGAGACCCAGAAGUCGCCCUCACCCGCCAUCGCAUCAUGGGGCUAAUACAUGAUGUGUUGGGUGGUGGCACUGAUACAUCAGCAGCAGCGGUGGAAUGGGCGUUUCAAGAAUUGAUUAGGAAACCAGAUGUAAUAGAAAAGGCAAACGCAGAGAUGGAUAGAGUGAUUGGCAGAGGGAGAUGGGUUGAAGAGAAAGACUUCUCCCAAUUGCCUUAUAAUGAAGCCAUCAUCAAGGAAACAUUUAGGUUGCAUCCACUUUGCACACUACUUCCACCCCAUUGCUCCAUGGAAGAUUGCAGCCUCGACGGUUACGAGGCAGUCAAAGGAACGAUUGCCCUCGUCAAUGUCUGGUCUAUUGGAAGGAACCCAAAGUAUUGGUACAGAGCUGAGGAGUUCCUGCCUGAGAGGUUUUUGGAGAAAGAUAUUGACACGAAAAGACUAGAUUUUUCACUUCUACCUUUUGGGUCAGGGAGGAGAAAGUGCCCUGGGUAUAGCCUUGGAAUGAAGAUUGUGCGGGCAACUUUGGCCAAUUUAUUGCAUGGCUUUAACUGGAAACUAGCAGGAGAGAUGAAGCCUGAUGAUGUGUCUAUGGAAGAGGUUUAUGGCUUGACCACUCACCCAAAAUUCCCACUGUCUUUCAUCAUUGAACCAAGGCUUCCUGCACAUCUUUACUAAUUAAUCUAUAUCAAAGCUUUUUUAAAGCUAUUGAAUAAUAUACAUUGAAGAGAUUUAAUGUAUUGAAUGAUAGGUUUUAGAGAUUUGGUACAAUUUAUGUUGUUGCUUGGAAAAAGCACACAUGAGGGGAAUGUAUGUAACAAUAAUAUCACCUUUAUUAUCUUGAUUAUGUGAAUUAUGGGUGAAAUAGAGAUAAUCUCACAUUGUAUCUGAUUUCAUUUAAAAGAGACAACUAUGUAGUUGUUAACUUGUUAU